AUGACGACAUCAAAGAUAGUUGCAACAAAGGGACAAUUGUCAGGUAGUAAAGGUGGAUCAUCACCACCAUUGUUAUCAUAUGACUUUUAUUAUAAAGGUUUAAACAUGACAACCCUAUCAUUUGUCAUUGCAUUGAUUAUACGUGCAGCUUUAAUCGUAUUCUCUGAAUGGCAAGAUGAGAAUAUGUUGGUAAAAUAUACAGAUAUUGAUUAUGUUGUUUAUACAGAUGCAUCAAGAUUUGUAGUUGAAGGGUUAUCACCAUAUGAUAGAUCAACCUAUAGAUAUACACCAUUGUUGGCUUAUUUGUUGGUACCCAAUAUUCUAGUACACAAAGCAUUUGGCAAAGUAUUGUUUGUCGUUUGUGAUAUGAUCAUUGGAUAUCUUUUAAAGUGGUGUCUCAUGUUGCGUUUCCCAAAGAUCAAUCCAUUCCUUUUAUUUGUUUGUACUAGUGCUUGGUUAUUCAAUCCAUUUGCAAUCAAUGUAUCAACACGUGGUAAUGCAGAAUCUGUCAUUGGUGCCAUGGUACUUGCUGCUGUUUAUUUCCUUUUUAAAAAGAAAUUAAUCCUUGCUUCUUUAUUUUAUGGAUUAUCAGUACAUUUUAAGAUUUAUCCAAUUAUCUAUUCAAUUCCAAUGUAUUUAUACAUUGAUAGUAAUUAUUAUCACAAGAAUCCAUCCAAAUACUCGUCACAGGAUAAAUCGAUAUCCUAUAAACAAAUAUUACGCAAUCUCUUUACAAAAAAUCGUUUAAUCUUUUUCCUUGCAAGUGCUUCAACCUUUUUAAUUCUUACUUUUGCAAUGUAUUUAAUUUAUGGAUAUGUAUUCUUAUUUGAAACUUAUUUAUAUCAUGUAGUUAGAGCUGAUAAUAGACAUAACUUUUCAGUAUACUUUUAUCAAAUUUAUUUAAAUACACCGAUUAUUGAAUCUGUUACUGAAAUGUUGGCAUCCAAGAGUGCAGGAUUAUCAUUGGCAUCACUUGGAGUUAGUUUGGCAUCAUUCCUUCCACAGGUUGUACUUUUGCUUGCCAUUAGCGUCGUCUAUUUCAAUGAUCUCGAAUUUUGCAUGCUUUUGGAAACCAUUACCUUUGUUGCAUUCAACAAGGUUUGUACGGUUCAAUACUUUAUUUGGUACUUUAGUCUUCUUCCAUUGGUUCUCCCCGCAACCUCCCUUUCCCUCAUGCAAGGUAUCAUCAUGUUUGCCUUUUGGAUGGGUUCUCAAGGUGCUUGGUUGGGUUCGGCUUUCCAACUAGAGUUUUUGGGUCAACAAACCUUUUUCAAUAUUUGGUUAUCGGGUAUCGCUUUCUUUGCUGCAAAUAUUUUCAUGUUGGGGUAUGCAGACAAGGGAUUAAAUAAUAAUAAUAAUAAUAAUAAUGAUUUUUAUUUAUGUGUAAUAUCGGGGUUAUUUAUAUUUUAA